AUGCUUCUUGGUCAUGGGAUUGAAUUCCACCUUUCUUUCCCGCAAAAUGCUCUUCUUCCACUGUCAUUAUCUCGCCUCAUUCGCUUAUGCACCAAAACAAAUUCCAUUUCCAAAGGGAAAGCAAUUCAUGCUCAGCUUAUUACAUCCGUGUCGAAACCAGAUGUCCAAACAAUUAAUCAUUUACUCACGAUGUAUUUAAAGCUAGGCCACACUGACUAUGCCCAGAAACUGUUCGAGCAAAUGCCUGAAAGAAAUCUUAUCACUUGGACGACGCUAAUCUCCUCGUAUUCUCAAAUAGGUCUUUCAGAAAUGGCCCUAAAUUGCCUUAGAUCAAUGGUUCUUGAUGAUGGGAUUUCUCCAAAUAAUUAUACUUAUGUUGGUGCCAUAUCGGCUUGUGCUAAUAUGCGCGCCAUGAGGACCGGGAAAGAAAUACAUGGGAAACUAUAUAGGACUGAGAUUGUUAAUAGCUUUGUUAAUAACUGUUUGGUUAAUUUUUAUGGGAAAUGUGGGUUAUUGAAGUCUGCUAGGCUAGUGUUUGAUGGCAUUUUAGAGCCCAAUACAAUUAGUUGGGUUUCACUUAUAGCUUGUCAUUGCCAGUGUGGGGAGAAUGAUGAAGGGAUGAGAAUCUUCUUGCGAUCUUUAAGGAUGGGAGUGAAGGUAAAUGAGUUCUCUUAUGGUAGCGUUUUGGGAGCUUGUGCUGCCUUGGAGAUGUUGGAGGUUGGAAUGCAACUACAAUGCCUUGCUGUUAAGUGUGGUAUUGUUAUCGACCAGUAUGUUGUGACCGGGUUGGUUAAUUUUUAUGCUAAAUGUGGUGAGUUGGAGUUAGCAUGUAAAGCUUUCAAAGAGACAGAUGAGCCUCACUUGACAGCUUGGACUGCACUGGUUGGGGGUUGUGUGCAGCUAGGAAAGGAUAGGCAGGCAAUUGAUCUUUUCCGUCAGUUACUUUCUACGGGCUUGAAGCCAAGUGAGCAAACCCUGGCUUCUGUGCUUGGAGCCUUUGCUAAUGAAAAGGAAGUUAUAGGCGGGACACAGCUCCAUGGUUUAAUCAUAAAGUUGGGAUUUGAUGCAUUCACUUUUGUUUGCAAUGCAGUGUUGGAUUUUUAUGCAAAAAGUGGUCAUCUAGAGGACUCUUUGAAAACUUUUCGGGAAAUGGAUGCACGUGAUAUUGUUAGUUGGAAUGCUUUCAUAGCUGGACGUGUGAACUCAGGUCAAUAUGAAGAAGCAAUUAGAUUCAUCCAGAAUAUGUCUUCGGAGGGUUUCCAUCCUAAUCUUUACACGUAUUCUAGUCUUUUAGGUAUGUGUGGGGAUUUACCUGCGACUGAGUGGGGCAAGCAAACUCAUUGCUGUGUCAUAAAACCAGGAUUCGAUUCCAAUGUGGUUGUUGGAAGUGCUCUUGUUGACAUGUAUGCCAAGUGUGGAAGACUGGAUGAUGCUAAGAAAGUUUUUAAUAUUCUUCCUAAUAAGAAUUUGGUUUCCUGGAAUUCCAUGAUUGCAGGGUAUGCCCAACAUGGGUUGUGGAUGGAAGCUUUGGAGAUUUAUGACAUAAUGCUUAAGAAUGGAGUUAAACCAAACGACAUCACAUUCAUUGGAGUCUUAUCUUCCUGUGGACAUGUAGGACAUUUGGAGGAGGGGAUGCACCAUUUUAAUUCAAUGGUCAAAGAUUUCAAAAUCAUCCCAAAAACGGAUCAUAUUGCUUGUAUGGUCAGUCUAUUUGCACGCAAAGGACAAAUGAGAGGAGCUUAUGAUUUCAUAAGCCGUUUCCCCGGGCAGCCAGAUAAAGUAGUUUGGCGCUCUCUUUUAUCAGGAUGUAUAACUAACAAAGACUUGGAAUUGGGUAAAUAUGCUGCUGAAAAGAUUUUGAGUAUUGAUCCAGAUGAUACAUCGGCCUAUAUCACACUAUCAAAUAUUUAUGCUGAUUCAAAGAUGUGGAACGAGAUAUCCCAAAUCAGGAAACUGAUGAAAGAGAAGGCAUUAAAGAAAGAGAUGGGUUAUAGUUGGAUUGAGUUACAUAACACUAUAUAUUUGUUUUCUGCUGGUCAUGAUAUGCUAGUACUGAGAAAUGGGGUUGUUGAAGUUCUAAGUGGAUUGACAGCCCAAUUGUUUGAUGCAGGAUAUGUUCCUGAUGCUCUGAUCUCAUUGGUUGAUGGGCACUAA